AGCUCAGCUAACGUUAGCGGUCCAGUCAAACCGAGAAAACCUGGGGCAAUGACAGCGCUAGAAUAGCUGUCUGAUCCGCCUGAAAAUGAGGACCAUACUGCUGUUUGCCUUUCUGGCUCCUUGCUGGGUCAACGGUGCUGUUAAGUCAAGAGUUACUACUGAGAAGAAUCAGGAAGAAAACCCGGAGUUUGAUGCUCUUGACUCCAUCCUGUCAGACUUUGAGGUACUGCCAUUGUCAGGCCUCCAACUGCACAGCGUAAGGAAGAGGGACGUCCACACCCAGUCCCACCUGGAGCGCCUGGUGAGCUUCAGAGCCCUGCACAGGCACUUCAAGCUAUAUUUGACAACCAACACAGACCUUUUCACUGACACCUUUAAAGCUGUGUUUGUUGAUAAACAUGGGAGGGAGGAGAACUAUGAUGUUCAUCUUAAGAACUAUUUCACUGGACAUGUUGUUGGAGAAGAGAAUUCACGGGUGCAGGCACACAUAGACGGAGAUGAGUUUUCUGCCCACAUUCUAACCGAUGAAGCGGAGUACAACGUAGAGCCCCUGUGGAGGUUUACAGAUUCCCCCACUGAUGGCAGGUUGCUGGUUUAUCGCUCUGAGGACAUCAAGAAUCUGAGUCGCAUCGUCUCUCCAAAAGUGUGCGGGUACAUCCACGCCGAGGACGUGGACCUGCUGCCACAGACCGCCAGGGGGGAUUUGGGCGGGAAGGAGGUGGACCAGAAAAACGAGCACCACUUAAGAGAGAAAAGACAGGUCCACGACCACAAGAAGAACACCUGCCCCCUGCUGCUGGUGGCAGAUUACCGCUUCUUUAAACACAUGGGUCGCGGACAAGAGAGCGUCACCCUCAACUACCUGAUUGAGUUGAUUGAUCGAGUUGAUGACAUUUAUAGGAACACAACCUGGGAUGAUGAAUUCAAAGGUUAUGGGGUUCAGAUCCAUCAGAUCAUCAUCAACAAAGAGCCUACAAACCCUCCCACUGGCCACACUGGCACCUGGGUCCACUACAAUAUGGAGAACAGCCCUGUGAGAGGAAAAGAGGUCUGGGACGUGAAGAAACUCCUGGAGCAAUUCAGCUCAGACAUAGCUGGCAACGCCUCCACUGUGUGUCUGGCCCACCUAUUCACCUACCAGGAUUUUGAUGAGGGCACACUGGGGCUGGCCUACGUGGCCCCCUCCAAAGCUCAAGCCCUGGGCGGCCUCUGUCCCAAACCUUACUAUCCAUCUCACUCCGUCAAGAAGCCCAGUUACCUCAACACCGGCUUGACCAGCACCAAGAACUACGGCAAAACCAUCCUCACAAAGGAAGCAGAUUUGGUGACCACUCAUGAGCUGGGCCAUAACUUUGGAUCAGAGCACGACCCUGACAACAUCCGUUACUGUGCUCCCAGUGACGACCAAGGGGGGAAGUUUGUCAUGUACCCUAUUGCUGUGAGCGGAGACCAUGUCAACAACAAGCGUUUUUCCAACUGCAGCAAGAUCUCCAUAGGAAAAACCUUACGUUUCAAGGCUCCAAUGUGCUUCAAGGAGAGGAACAGUAAGGUAUGUGGGAACUCCAGAGUGGAGGAUGGGGAGGAGUGCGACCCCGGGCUACUCCACCUCAACGAUGACCCCUGCUGCUCAUCCGACUGCAAGUUCAAACACGGUGCACAGUGCAGUGACAGAAACAGCCCUUGCUGUAGGAAAUGCAUGUUUGAGCAGGCAGGAGUACGGUGUCAGGAACCCAUUAGUGCUACCUGUAAAGGCACAUCCUCCUGCACAGGCAACAGCAGUGAAUGUCCACCUCCUGCAAAUGCAGCUGACAACACUGUGUGUGUUGACAACGGCCGGUGUCACAAUGGAGAGUGCAGCCCUUUCUGUGAGGCCGUGCAGAACCUUCACUCCUGUGCCUGCAAUGAAACUGAGAACUCCUGUAAAGUGUGCUGCAGGGGAAAAGAUGGUAUCUGCUCUCCCUUCAUCCAGAACAAUGGCAAAUUCCUUUUCCUUCGCAAAGGAAAACCCUGCACUGUGGGCUUCUGUGACGAGGGCGGAAAGUGCAUGAAGCAGGUGCAGGAUGUGAUUGAGAGACUGUGGGAUUUUAUCGACAAGCUGGACAUUAACACAUUUGGGAAGUUCCUGGCUGAUAACAUAGUGGGCUCAGUCGUGGUGUUUUCCCUCAUCUUCUGGAUUCCUCUCAGUAUCCUGGUUCACUGUGUGGACAAACGACUUGAUCAGCAGUAUGAGGAGAACACAAAGUCCUUCUACUACCCUCCAAAUAGUCAAGAAAUGCUGAGCAACCUCGAGUCAGCGUCCGUGCGCAUCGUCAAACCUCCUCAGCCUCCCUCCUCCUCCGCCGGCCGGACCGUGCCCUCCUCCCUGCCCCCGCAGCUUCAUCAGCAGAGCCAGGUCGGGGCCCCUCCCACGGCCAGCAGCAGCAGCAGCAGCAGUACCCCGGCCCCCGGCCCGAGCUACGUCCCCACCCCGGACAGCGCAGGGGGGGUGCGGAUGGCCACCAUCCAGGAGGACACCAGCAGCGGCUCUCACCUGGGAGAGGAGGGCCCACCGGACGAUUUCACAACCGCAGGAGCCUGCUCGUCGGCUAUGAAAUCCUCCUACGAGGAUCUGACAGAACAGAAACCGCCAAGCAGGGACCGACGGCGCCUCAAGAGGCAGGACUGCAUUGACACUAAAGAGACCGAGUGUUGAGAGUAAGAAACCAGCACUUUUUGUUUAAAAGCACCAACAUGUACAUGCAACCUGAUAUGUGUUUUAGGGAACAUCCAAACACAGGGCAACGUCACAGGCUUUUCACUUAUCACAAGUCACAGACAGCAACUGUUUAGAGGUAACAGCAAAAACGUUUUGUCGGUCCGAUUUGGUUUGUGGCUCAGAUUUCACACACCACUAGAUGUGGAUAUUACUCAGUGUACAAAAUGAUGCAUGAGUCAUCUCAAACCCCUGUGACUGCAGAUAAAAUAAUUACUGAGUGGUUUCAUGUUUUUGUGUGCCUGUGUGAAAUAAUGCUGUGCCUUUUUCAUUUGGCCAGAUGAAGCCUGGGAAAUCUGAGAGGGUCUGGAAAUAAAUUCACUGUGGGCCUGUUCCUCAAACACACCCCAGAAGUUCAAUUAUCUUUAUGUCACAGUGGCUAAAUAGGUGCUUGAUAUUUUUCUCAAUAACAAAAAAGAUGAAGUGAUUACAUUAAUCCUGAAGCUCCGUCUGCUUUUGCCAGUGUGCCCUGUUUAAAUAAAGUUAGCUUUGAUUGUGGACCAUAAGGAAAAAAAAAAACAUAACAGUGUCAGCUGCCCUUUCCUCCCUUCAUG